GAGGAAGGGGUUUGCAAGGUUCUAAAGGAAAACCGGGUCCUCCUGGUUUGAGUAUCCCAGGAGUCCAUGGAAAUCCUGGGGAGCCUGGAUUAAUAGGUCUUCAGGGAAAUACCGGAUUACCUGGUCCCAAGGGACAGUCUGGAAGGCCAGGAAUCUCUGGUGUGCCAGGCUCAAGGGGAGAGCCAGGUAUAAUGGGCAUGUUAGGAAUUCCUGGACCCCCUGGCAUGAUUGGAAGACCAGGCGAGCCGGGUCUGAGAGGUUCUUCUGGCUUUCCAGGACUAAAGGGAAGAAGAGGGUUUCUUGGAGCAAAAGGCGAACCAGGUGAUAAAGGUUUUCCUGGACCCUCUGAGACCUUGGAGUUCAAGGAAGAAUGGGUCCAAGAGGAGAAAAAGGAGAUGCUGGUGUGCAAGGUCCACCAGGUCACAAUGGGUUUGAAGGAAUACCUGGUCUACCAGGUGUCAAAGGAUUUAUGGGUCUUCCAGGGAUUCCUGGAGGACAAGGAUUCCCAGGUGCAGCAGGAAGCAAAGGGGACAUGGGAAUUCCAGGUCCAAAAGGACAGAAGGGAUCUCCAGGCUUUCCAGGACCCCCAGGUGACUCUGGUCCUCCUGGCGAUGGUGGCUUUCCAGGUGACAAAGGAGAUCCUGGGUACCCAUCUGCUGGGCCUCCAGGAGAGCCAGGGAGAUCCAGGCCUCCCUGGAGUUUUGGGCAGCAAAGGAGAAAAAGGAUCCCAAGGUCAUCCAGGACACACAGGAGUACCAGGAGCACAUGGGAUGAGAGGGGAGGCUGGAGGUGCAGGAAUCCCAGGUAUCUUCUGUUGUGGAGGGGUGGGAAGCCUGGAGCUCCUGGGGAGGCUGGUGUUAAAGGACAGCAGGGCCGCCCGGGACCGCAGGGCAUGCCUGGCCCUCCUGGUGCUGCUGGUGCCCCUGGGAGAGAUGGACUUGUUGGUGAGCGAGGUAACCAAGGCCAGGACGGUAUGCCUGGGGCCCCAGGAGGAAAGGGAGAACCAGAACUUUGAGUUUAACGUGACUUCAUAUUUUCUAGGAGCACCAGGGAGAGGAAUCCCUGGCCUUCGAGGUAUUCCUGGUCGUAGAGGAAUCAAAGGGGACAUGGGGCUGCCUGGUUCUCCUGGGCCACCAGGUAUGAAGGGUCAUCGGGGCGAUCAAGGACCUGUCGGACCCCCUGGCCGUGUGGGGCCACCUGGAUUUCAGGGCAUAACGGGCAUGGCAGUUCCUGGCCAAAAAGGGAACAGAGGUGUUGCUGGUGCAGAUGGAAGACCAGGUGCUCCUGGUUUUCCAGGACCUCCUGGUCUUUCCACACCCAGCAUGAAAGGAAGCAAAGGUGACAGAGGGGCAGAUGGCAUACCAGGGCCAACAGGCCCAGCCGGCAACACUGGUCCUCCCGGUCCCAAAGGAAUAGAAGGUCGAUCAGGUUAUCCUGGGCAGAGAGGGGACCCUGGAUUUCUUGGAUUCCCAGGUGUAAAAGGAGAAAAGGGUAAUCAAGGACCCCCUGGACCACAAGGUGCAGAAGGGCCACGGGGACCAAAGGGCCAACAUGGUCCACCUGGAGUCCCUGGGAGAGUAUUCUCUCUCCCAGGAAGCAAGGGUCCUCCUGGACUGCCAGGAAUCCCAGGAACACCAGGUGAUCAAGGAAUUCAAGGGAUUCCUGGACUACAAGGACCUAAGGGAGUAAAAGGUCUACCAGGAAGUUUUGGUCAUCCAGGUCAGCCAGGACCGCCCGGUCCAAAGGGAGACAGGGGAUUUCCAGGACAAAGAGGACACCCUGGACUAAUUGGGUUCCCAGGUCUGCAGGGGCUGCCUGGGUCACCGGGUGCUAUCGCUGCUGGUCCAACGAGAAGAGGUUUUAUCUUCACCCGGCACAGCCAGACAACAAAUAUUCCUUCAUGCCCACAUGGGACUUCACAGAUCUAUGUUGGCUACUCACUGCUUUUUGUACAAGGCAAUGAACGAGCGCAUGGACAAGAUCUUGGAACAGCUGGUAGCUGCUUGCAGAGAUUCACCACCAUGCCAUUCUUGUUCUGUAGCACCAACGACGUUUGUAGCUUUGCUUCUCGCAAUGACUAUUCCUACUGGCUGUCAGCUGCAGCAGUCAUCCCAGCAGACAUGGCGCCCAUCUCUGGCAGGGCACUGCAGCCCCAUAUCAGCAGGUGUGUUGUCUGUGAAGGAGCUGCCAUGGUAAUAGCAGUUCACAGCCAGACCACCAUGGUUCCUGCCUGUCCCGAUGGAUGGAUAUCCCUCUGGAAGGGAUUUUCUUUUGUGAUGUACACAAGUGCCGGCUCGGAAGCUUCUGGCCAAGCACUGGCAUCUCCUGGAUCUUGUUUGGAAGAAUUUCGAGCCAUCCCUUUCAUAGAGUGCCAUGGCAGGGGAACAUGCAACUACUACUCAAAUUCCUACAGUUUCUGGUUGGCAUCGCUAAAUCCAAAGAGAAUGUUCAGGAGACCUAUGCCACAGACUUUGAAAGCAGGAGAACUAGAAAACAUCAUCAGCCGUUGUCAGGUCUGCAUGAAGAGACCCCUCUAA